AUGUCGGAUCCCAGUGCAGCCGACCCUGGACCCGAUCAGAACGCUCCAAUUCCCCCCCAAGGCCGCUUCCUGGUUUCCUUGCGCCGUCUCAUACAUACGGAUCUGCCGCCUCACGACUUCAUUGAGGGCGGGUCGGUUGUCGAUCUGCGCUCCUUCUUGCAACUGGCGCUGCGCGAGGCCAUCACGUUCGUCGACAACAUCCCGCAAACAUUCCGGAACCAUAAAAUCUACGACAAAAGGCGACCACUUCCCAAUGUCUAUUGUCGAUUGCACACUAUCAAGCACGAUGUCAAGAAAAAGUCGUUAAAAGAGUCGUGGUUUGCCCGCGAGAUGGUCCAUCCGAACAGGCGCGAGAACGGGAUGGCGCAUAUCGAUGAGUUCGAUACUUUGCUCAGGCAGCAGCAUUCGAAGAAUGAAGUGUCCUAUGCCAAGUCGGUUGUCGCCGCGAAUGAGGUACUGAGUUGGGACGACGAUAUUGCUGCGAUUGCGACCGGGGACAGCCUCGGCGAGUACCGGGAAGUCAGCAUGCGCAUCUACGAGAUGGUCCACACCAGCAGGACUCUGCUCGUAGAGAACCGCGUUUUCCCCGUUCUCGUCAUCACUGCGAAGACUCCUCCGAACGGGUUCGUCGUGGUUCAGAUUCCGCUCGACCUGAAAGGUAGGGUUCUCGGCGACAGGUUACUGUUCGUCUCAGGUCGGAACAAGCGCGUGGGACCCACGAACAUGACAAGAAGAAAGUGUAUCCAAGGCAAGUAUGUGUCCGUUGAGCGGGUCACAGUGCAGGACGAGGAUGUCAGGUGGGAAAUGGCUACGGCGGGCGGUGCGCAAGGCUGGCUGCACGUGGAUUUACAGAAACUGUUUACCCCUCCUUCCAUCGCGAAAGAUGUGUGGAGAUUCUUGAGGUGGGUGCAAAGUGGGAGGAGCAGUUCAUGA